AUGGAAUCUGCCAGGGAAGCCUGUCUGCGUAUGGGCCACAAGUGCUGGGGCAUCUUUGAUGACAAGUGCGACACGGUUAACCUGAUGCUGGUGGAUGGCUACAUCGAUGUCGAUGAGAGUGACGUGACAAGCUCCCAAGCAUCCCAGCCAGUCUCCUGCAAACAUGGUCAGUUGAACCAGGCCCAGAUCGAUGGGUCUAACCCCACCUACGACUCCAGCCAUGUAGCACUGGCUGUUGGGGCGAUGCUGAGCAGAGAGGCGGACAAGGACCGGCUCCUUCAUGCAGAGCGGACUGUGGGGCUUUUCCAAGCGCUGGCGCCACCUAGGGACGCCGCAGGAGGUCGAGUGGAGGGCGGCUGCAGGGCUUUUGCAGAUCACGCUCGAUCUCCAUGGGCUGAGUACGAGACUGAGGUUCGGCAGUACCGGGACGCCAUUUGCCGGCGCAGAUCUGUGGGGCGGAGCAAAGGCAUUCAGCACGAGAGACUGCGACGGCCAAUGUCCGCAAACCAUGCUGCCGUCACUGCGCGGUUUCUCCCAAAGCUGGAUGAGGAGCAGCGGAAGGCUGCAGGGGCGGCUCUGGGCAUUGCCACUUUGGCAGGUGUUGGAGGCCUCCUCUGGCGCUGGAGGAGCCAGCGAGCAAGAACGCUGAAUCGACCAUUCAUCCUCAAGGACCUCACGAAUGGUGAGACCGUGGAGGAUCCUUUGGCCGAGCUCACGCGAGUCGUCACCUGGCUACAGGACGAGAUCAUUCGUCCUCUGGAUGCUCGGCUUCCAGGCAAACCUUUCGAGCAUGACCUCUUGGCCUUCCCCUUCACACCAAUGGUGCUGGUGGUGGGCAACCACUCUGCUGGAAAGUCCACCUUCAUUAAUCGGCUUCUUGGCACCAGCGUGCAGGAGACCGGCGUGGCGCCAACUGAUGAUGGCUUUACCGUCCUUCAGCGCCACCCUUCGGGCAACGAGGUUGAGGAUGGUCCCACGCUCCUUAGCUGCCCAGAGAAUCGGCCAUUCAAGGAGUUGCAACGCUUUGGUCAGCCGUUCUGGGGCCACUUCCGAAGGAAGAAGCUCAAGCUGCCGCAGGACAGCAUGAUGCCGUAUGGGCUACAAAUUGUGGACACUCCUGGCAUGAUCGACAUGCCCGUAAAGUCCGAGUCCAUGGCGGGUGGUCGAGGCUACAACUUCCUGGAAGUUGUCCGCUGGUUCGCCAAACGCGCGGAUCUCAUCCUCCUCCUCUUUGAUCCAGACAGGCCCGGCACAACCGGGGAGUCUUUGGAUGUUCUGACACGGUCCAUGGCCGGGCUGGACCACAAGUUUGUAAUUAUCCUCAACAAGGUCGACCAGCUUGACAGCAGCGUUGACUUCGCGCGUGCCUACGGAACGCUCGGGUGGGCCUUGUCCAAGGUCAUCCCACGGAAGGACAUUCCUCAGAUCUACACCAUGUAUAAUUCUGGUGUGGAGCAUGCAGAGAAUGGCAUGCGUGAGCACAAGCUCCCGCUGGAGGCCUUCCGGCAAAAGCGUGAGGAGGUGGUGCAGGAGGUCCUGCGUGCGCGAACGCGACACUGGGACAAUGUCAUCACAGCCACGGAGGACGGCCUUGAGCCUGGGCUACGAAACUCUGGCUGGCUUCACAACUGCCAUCAUAAGUAG